AUGUCGGGAACGACCGAGUUGCGCGAGGGCAACUUUGGUACGCCAACGGCCGCCGCCUCGGCCGACGUGAUGGCCCAGCUCACGCCCGAGAUGCUCUUUGAUUCCUUCGCCAUCCAGAUUGACGGCCCCAAAGCCUGGCAUGAGCAACUUUCAAUUAACAUAGUCCUCACCGAUAAGCCCUACCGCUAUCGCCUGUGGCUCUCCAACGGCGCGCUCGUAUACGCAAAGUCUGUCCGGUCGACCAGCGCCAACGCGACCAUUACAGCGACAUCCCGCACGCUGCCUGCAAUUGCGGUGUCCGGGCUUGAUCCUGAGGCACUUGAGAAAGCGGGCAUCGAGGUUACUGGUGACACGACAACGCUCAGCCGUCUUGCUGCCCUGCUCGACCCAGGCGAUCCCGAAUUUGCCAUCGUUACGCCGUAA